GUUAUUUUUUGUUUUAGAUAAAAAUCCAUAUUAAAAUAUUCUAACAAGAUUUUAUUAAUUUUUAUAGAACACAAGAAAAUUUCAUUACCAUUUUUAAUAUUCUAACUAAUUAGUUUAAUCAUUUUAAUAUAUGGAAAUUUAAUUUGAGCUUAUUAAACAUUUUGUGGUUUUAAGGGAAUAUUUAUAUUUUAUUUAAUAAAUAUUAAUAUUAUAUAUAAAUGGUAAACAAUACUAAUAUAUUUUUCUUUUUGCACAGUUUUUUAAAGCUGAUAUUACAAUUAUAAAUCAUAUUAAAUAGAUGAUUUCACAACCGAUAAAUAAUGAGGAUUUUAUGUUUAAAUGCAUUAUUCCAACCGUCUUAUAAAAAUUUGACCAUGUUUAUUUGCACAAUGCUAAAAAAAAGUCUGCAAGGAUUCUCACCCAUAAUGUGUCUACUUGUUUAAUAAUCCGGAACUGGAAAAAGGGAGGUUACCCACUGUUCAGUAGCCUAUUUGACCUCAAUUGUUUUUGCAUUAACAUAUCGCCACGAGUCUUCUGCAUUCAUUAUUCGAUUACUUUUAGUUGCCCUCGUUUAACUCAUAAACUUUAUACUAAUGUUCAAAGGCUGCAGACUAUAGUGUUCAAAUUGAUACUUAAAGAUUGAUAUAGAGUCUCUCUAUAGCGUUCAAAGGAUGCGGUCUAUGGUUGUACAGUUGGAAGAAGGGAAAGAGAACGGAAUCUCGGUUAGGACAGAACAGUAUAAGUCAUUUAGACCGCAACUGCUUCUUGUCCUAGGUCUUUUUCUUGCUGGUGUUGUUACUAUCUUCAUCAUUAGUACAAACAAGUAUACUGGACUACAAAGUGUAGUAACCACAGUCACUUCUAGCUUUGUCCCACGCCGCGAGGAGGAGCCUGACGGUUUAAGUAAAUGGAUACAACCUCCUGGGGUUCUGAUGCAUAACAUGAGCGAUGAAGAGCUUCUUUGGCGAGCUUCUUUCUGGCCUCGGAGAAAAGGAUAUCCGUUUAAAAGGGUUCCAAAGAUUGCCUUUAUGUUCUUGACAAGAGGCCCCUUGCCUCUUGCUUCGCUUUGGGAGAGGUUUUUGAAAGGUCACAAGGGGCUUUACUCGGUUUACAUUCAUCCCCAUCCAUCUUAUACAGCCAAGUUUCCAGCUGAUUCUGUUUUCUACCAGAGGCAGAUACCAAGUCAGCUUGCACAAUGGGGGAGAAUGAACAUGUGCGAGGCAGAGAGGCGGCUUCUCGCCAACGCCCUGCUAGAUAUCUCUAACGAAUGGUUUGUUCUAGUCUCAGAGUCAUGCAUCCCCCUCUUCAACUUCACAACAAUCUACACCUACUUAAGCCAAUCAAAACACAGCUUCAUGGAUGCUUUCGAUGACAAUGGACCCUUCGGUCGAGGCCGCUACAACGAGAACAUGGAACCUGAAGUUCCCAUUGCCAAAUGGAGAAAAGGGUCACAAUGGUUUGAGGUAGACCGGGACCUGGCAGCUACCAUUGUCAAAGACACAUUAUAUUACCCGAAAUUCAGAGAGAUUUGUAGGCCUGCUUGCUUUUCAGACGAGCAUUAUUUGCCUACGAUGUUGACUAUUGAGAAACCAAUGGCGUUGGCUAACCGGAGCAUGACGUGGACCGACUGGUCUAGAGGUGGCUCUCAUCCGGCUACGUUCGGGGAAUCAGACAUUACAGAGAACUUCUUUCAAAAGAUAUUUGAUGGUGUGAAUUGCACUUACAAUGGUCGUAACACUUCUAUGUGUUAUCUCUUUGCGAGGAAGUUUGCUCCUAGUGCUUUGGAGCCGUUGCUUCACAUUGCUCCCAAGAUUAUGGGGUUUUAGAGAUUUUACGCCAAUAUCAUUUUAUUUUGUUUGUUUUUAAUACAAGUUUGGAGGUUAAGCAUGAUGCUAAAGUCAGAUAAGAAACUAAAAGUUUGGUCAUAAAACCGUAUAGACAAUAGGACAAAGGCUGAUAAGGCAGGCUCUUGUCUCCAACUCAUCACCUUAUGUCUUAUGAUUCUUAGAAGUUAGUAGUAAUUUGUUAACCGACCAAGGUUUUGUUUGGUUUGAAUGUGAAUACUUAAUACUUGGCAAAAGUGGCAUUGUGGCAAUGGGACAGAACACAGCCAGGUGUAGACGCACUUUUACACCUACCGAACUUCUCGAACCCAUCAAGAGCCUUGCCAUUUGCCAACACUUCAACCAUUUGUCUUUCUCUUAAUAAAAAAAUAAUCCAAUGGGCAAAAUUCAUUGUUUAAAAGAUUUCAGCAGGCUAAUGUUUAUUUUAUUGGAAUGCAGAAAGGAUACGAUAAUGCGGAAUUUAUUUAUCCGUUAUUGUUUACCACGUAUAACCUAUGGUUUAUUUAGAAUAGAGAGAAAUUCAAGAGAAUCCACCAACUUAUCGAAAGCUAAUGAAGAAAGUAGUUUUUGUCUUUCUUCAAAACGAUGUUCACCACACACAAAAAGGAAGGAUAAAUGUUCCAUCUAUACAACUAAUCUUUAGCAUUUUAUUCAAAAGGUAGACAAAUCAAAACGUAUACAUUUUAAAUGCGGUUUUACUUUGAACAAAAAUGGUAAUUGCGGAAGAUUCGUUAUUAACAUCCUAAUCACAAAAAUAGAAAAUCAACAUUGCUUGGAGAAAUUAAGGACCGCCUAUUCUUCUAGACAUAUCUUCUACGUAAUUAAAAUGCUCUUUAGCACUAAACCGUGUUACAAUGUGAUUCCCACUCUCUCCAAACAAAUACAAGUCUGCACAUCUCGCCCGUUUCUUUCACGGUACCGCGUGACUUUGAAAAAAAAAAUGGACAGCGCAUCAUUAUUUUCACGCGCCAAACCAUCACAUUUCUCACCGACCGUUGUGCCUUUUAUCAAGGUUGAAGAGUUAGAUGCACGCGCCUCGGUGAGCGUUCAAAACACGGCACAUAUGUUUAAAACGGCGCCGUAACAGAGAGACGAUGACCUGUCGAAAUCUCAGUAAAAGAAUAUGGACCGUUGAUUGUCAUGAUUCGCGGGACCCGCAGGUGGACCAGCUGUAAUUGCAAGGAUUUCUAAUGCUGGAAAGUCCGGUUACCUAAACCCAACUAAACCGGAUAUGCUCAACCUCUUUAUAAACGCCUCACCACAUUGCUAAUUUCACCAAAAAACCUUCAGAGCUUUAAAACAUUUCGAAUCAACAAAAACCCUAGCCUCCUCCUCUUUAGCUCUCUCUCUCUCUCUACAAAUCUCUGAAAUGGCGAUCUCAAAGGCCUCCGUUGUUGCUCUCGUCGCGGUGAUCGUCUCCGUCGUUGCUACCGUCGCUUCAGCUCAGUCUGAGUCUCCGGCGCCAAGCCCUACUUCUGGAUCUGGUGCCUUCUCGCCGUCCAUCGUCUCAGCUGGUGUUGCAGCCGUCGCUGCUCUUGUUUUCGGCUCUGCUCUUCGGAUCUAAGUCUUUGCGAUGGCGAUUCGUACAGAGAUAUUGUUUUUGAAAACUUUAUAGCAUUAUUGAUGAUAUUGGUGUGUAUUCAGGAGCUAUAGAUCUCUUUCUAUUGUGUCUUUGUUACCAUUUUGCGAUAUUGUUUUUGAUUAUGACAUGAUUCUAUUCUAUUUAUGGAUGUUUCUCA